AUGGAAGUGCGCUUCGAACAGGUGCCGCUCACCGUCACGCACACGCACGGCGGAGUGAACCAGCUCGGCGGAGUCUUCAUCAACGGGCGUCCGCUGCCACACGCGGUGAGGCAGCGAAUCGUGGAGCUCGCGCAACUGGGAGUGCGCCCGUGUGAGAUCUCCCGCAGCCUGCGCGUCAGUCACGGCUGUGUCAGCAAAAUACUGACCAGGUACAAUGAGACAGGGAGCAUCAGACCAGGAGUGAUCGGAGGCUCCAAGCCCAAAGUGGCCACACCCAGAGUUGUGCAGAUGAUACUGCAUUGGAAACACACCAACCCCGCCAUGUUCGCCUGGGAGAUCAGAGACCGGCUGGUGCUGGAGCGAGUGUGCGACAGUGAGAGUGUACCCAGCAUCAGCUCCAUCAACAGAAUCAUAAGAAGCAAAGUCCAAUCUGCAUCCCGUGAAGUUGUGUCAUCAGCAUCAUCAGUUGCCGUGGGAACAGUCCAGUCCUCUGAGUCAACCUAUUCCAUCAGUGGGAUACUUGGGAUCCGAAAGUGUAGCGGCAAAUAUAAAGAAGGAAGGGACUUCUCCUGCUUCCUGUACCAGGAUCAGCCAUGUUCCUCCACUGAUGCCUGGCGACACUCUGCCCACUGCCUGACAUCUGUCUCCAGCCUGACCUUUUACCCCAGCCUGCCAGCCAGUCAUAAUCCAGAGCCAGGAGGGUCCUCAUGUUAUUGAAGCUGAAGGACGAUCUAAAAUAUCCCAGGAGAAAGUGAUUGAAAUUGUACGUAGAAUAAGAUCAAUACAUCAAGAUAGAACCCUUCAUCACAAUUUGCAAAUGAGUUCAAAUAAAUCUGAAAUAACAGGACUCAUUUUUGACUUUUUAUUUAUAUAAACUGGGCUCAAAACGUAUACUGCUAUUACGGAGUCUUAACAGAGCAUCAUCAGUACAAUGCAUUAUCCCCUGUCCCUGCCACCCCUUGCAAAUGAGUUCAAAUAAAUCUGAAAUGACAGGA